AGGAAUUUGACAGAUUAUUAUUUUUACAAAAAGGUGGUAAGACUGUUUACUUUGGUGAUUUAGGAGAGAACUGUCUGACUUUAAUCAAUUACUUUGAAAAGUAUGGAGCACACCACUGUCCAGAAGAGGCCAAUCCAGCCGAAUGGAUGUUACAAGUUGUUGGUGCUGCACCAGGUAGUCAUGCUAAUCAAGAUUAUCAUGAAGUUUGGAAGAAUUCUUCAGAAUAUGAGUCUAUGCACACGGAAUUGAACAGUAUGGAACGUGAAUUAGUUAACUUGCCUAGAGAUGAAUCUCCAGAAGCAAGAAAAUCGUAUGCUGCACCAAUUUGGAAACAAUAUAUUAUUGUUACUAAAAGAGUUUUCCAACAAAACUGGAGAUCUCCAACCUAUAUCUAUUCCAAAUUAUUUUUAGUUGUUUCUUCUGCUUUGUUCAAUGGGUUUUCAUUCUUUAAGGCUGAUAGAUCAAUACAAGGAUUACAAAAUCAGAUGUUUGCUAUGUUUAUGUUUUUGAUUCCAUUCAAUACUUUGGUCCAACAAAUGUUACCAUAUUUUGUUAAGCAGAGAGAUGUUUACGAAGUUAGGGAAGCACCAUCUAAGACAUUCAGUUGGUUCGCAUUUGUUACAGCUCAAAUAACGUCUGAAAUACCAUACCAGAUCUUUUGUGGUACAAUUGCAUUCCUUUGCUGGUUUUAUCCUGUUGGAUUUUACCAAAAUGCAGUUCCAACUAAUAGUGUCGACCAACGUGCUGUCUUAAUAUGGAUGUACAUUUGUUCGUUUUAUGUUUAUACUUCGACAAUGGGUCAGUUAUGUAUGUCUUUCAACGAACUCGCUGAUAAUGCUGCUAACUUAGCUACCUUGUUAUUCACAAUGUGUUUGAACUUCUGUGGUGUCUUAGCUGGUCCAGGUGUCUUGCCAGGAUUUUGGAUUUUCAUGUACAGAUGUUCUCCUUUUACAUACUUCAUUCAAGGUAUGUUGUCAACUGGUUUAGCUAACACUACAGCAAAAUGUUCUAAGGCUGAGUUAUUGCACUUUGAACCAAGUAAGGGCCAAGAUUGUGGUACUUACAUGGCUGACUACAUGAAAAUGGCUGGUGGGUAUUUGAUAGACGAAAAGGCUACAUCUGAAUGCCAAUUUUGUACUAUGGAUUCCACCAACACUUUCUUAGCUAGUGUCAAUUCAUACUACGAUGAAAGAUGGAGAAACUGGGGUAUCUUUAUUUGUUUUAUUGCCAUUAACAUAAUUCUUACAGUCUUCUUCUACUGGUUAGCCAGAGUUCCAAAGGGUAACAGAGAAAAGAAGAAGAAGGCUUAA